CGGGGAUCGUCGCGUGGGGCACAAUUCGGAAACAAUACAAACAAAGCUAGUGCAGAGGGGAUUUGUCCUCCAGGCACUGACUACAAGGCACCCCCUGGUGGAGGUCAGCGGCAGCUCGAAGCCCUCGGUUUCAGUUCACUUUCUGCCACUUCUCGAACAAACGACAUGCCCACAGACACGUUGCCUGCUUCUGCAUUUUCUGUAGAGACCAUCCCGCUUCCCUUAAAGCCAGAGCGACUCUCCCCGGAGUUUGAGUCUUCUUCGCCGUCCGUUUCACCGCAUUCGCCGAAUCCUGCCCGAGCCUUCCCUUCAGCCGUUGGCCUCGGAUUCGGUGGGCUCCGCACACCGGUUCCUCCGUCCUCCACGGGUCUGGCUUGUGGAGCAUCAGCAUUGAAACAAAUGGAAAUGAUGACUAGAAACUACAGCGAGUUCAUGCGAAGUCUCGCGGCGAAGUACAACAACCAAAACAGCCAGGAAAGUUUUAGCUUUGUUCAACCGAAUGGAAUCGCUCGACCCUUCGAAGGCCACCUGUCGUACAAAGGCGGAACUCCUCCACUUUUGGGGAGGAAUUCGGAACCGCCGGAAAACAGCAGUCGAAAAUUAGAAAAUCAUCUCAAAUCGUCUCCGAUCCUUGGAGAGAGUCGCUCAGUUCCAUUCAGUUUCGGGGAUUUUUCAUCAUCCCAAACUCUUCUAAACUUAGUUCGAACUGCGAGUGCGAAGAGUGCUUCACAGUUGGAAAACUACCUUCGAGGGGCAAACAAGAGACCGUUCGAAUCAGAUCCUCUGGAUCUAACAAUGGGGGCUACAAAGCGCCCUCGUCUGGGUACUCCAGACGCGUCUCCGCAUCGUUGUUUAUAUUUACCUAUUUCACGAGAUAUUCGUGACAUCAUUGGGUCCAUAAAAACGGACACGGACAUCAUUGGGUCCAUAAAAACGGACACAGAUGCACUAAGUAAUACUCACAAUGAUACUAGAUCGAAGGACAGCUUCCGCAAGACUUCAAGCUGGACGAACUUGUUGGAAGGAAGGCUCCUUAGGUCUGAAAGUUCUUCCGCUCAGGCAUCGCCUAAAUCUUCCGACAGAGGUCGUUGCCCUUCCUUUUGUACUGACCAGUCUUGUUUAAACAUAUCAGAUGCUAGUGAGAUUGCGCAGUGGACUGUUGAUGACGUAGUAAAGUUUGUGAUGUCAGUGGAAUCGUGUGCCGAAUAUGCAGAUAACUUCCGAGAACAGUCGAUUGAUGGAUCCAGCUUACCACUUCUGAGUGAAGAUCAUUUAAAAACGUAUCUAGGGAUGAAACUUGGACCUGCAUUAAAACUUCGGUCAACAGUAGCCAAAAAAAUAGGACACUGUGUAGUCUGUAUGCAUUGCAUCCACUGUCAUUCGGAGGAAUACGAAAAACAAAACGAAUGGUCAACAUUGGGAAAAUAACAUUAAGAACAUCAGCACGUGGAACAGCAUUAUUCGUCUAAAUUACAAUA